AUGCCGAAGCCGCUGGUUUCUCCCAGCCAGCUGCGGUUGCUGCUGAUCCCCGGCGAAGCAACCCCACCAAGUAAACCACCGAAAGGACGCGGUGGCGCUUCUGCAGGGCCGACCCUCUUGCCUCUUUCUUUGCCUUAUCCCUCUACGCCUGAUGUGAUGGUGGACUUCUUCGUCUCAGGACAGUCUAUAUAUGAGAUCAACAAGAGCUGCAGGAGUGUGGGCACCUGCUCAGCGCUGCUGCCUCCUGAGUUGGUAUUGAGUGAUGCAUCGUUGCUGCUAGCGACUCCUGUAGACCCUUUGCUGCUGCUGUUGCCUCAUCUGAAGCAACACGCUUCAAAGUCUUUUGUGCCGCUGCUGGAUGCCGUUGCGCCAACCCAACUCGAGCUGCAAGUCCGCCGCAACCUGCAGGCAGUGUCGCAGCACCCAGGGGUGCUCCGCCGUCUAGACUUCACAUGUGACAUCCGGCUGUUGAAUGCAACAAAAGAUGAAACAGAAAAAGAUACAGAGGCAUCCUGCCCCAGUGCAGCAGCAACAGCAUCACACGCCUCUGCUGCAGCUGCCGCAGCAACAGCAGCCACACCAGCAGUGAGCGCCGAAGAGGGAAAGAGGCGUCGAGCGGCAGCGGAGGAGGGGACGCUGUUUGUGCGGUUUAAUCUUGAUAAGACGUUGACGUUUCUACUACAGAAGCAUGCCAAACUUGCUGCUGCAAUUGCAGCGCAGCGCGGCAUAAGCUGCAGCAGCAGCAGCAGCAGCGGAAACAGCAAUCUUGCUGCCUCUCCCGCUGACUGCAGCAGCAACGCCCUCUCUUUUUCACUUCUUUCUGCUUACUUAACACCACCCAUUGCAACAGCUCUCGAGCAGCGCCUCAAGAAAGACGGUAUUCUCCUCAUCACUCGCCCUGGUGGGGCAGAGAAGAUUUGCAUGCAGAAGACAGGCGAAGGCAGCAGCAGUGCUGCAGCAGCAGCAGCAGCAGCAGCAGCAGCAACAGCAGCAACAAAAGCCACGAACUCGAGUAAGACGGGAACUCGCCUAAAGAGAGCAGCGGCAACCGCCGCCAGCACAAACACAAAAAAAACGCAGGUCAAGAAGAAAGCACCGUAA